GUAAUAUACAAUGGGUCCGAUUGGUAAUGGCCGUAGCUUUAAAUAUUUUGUUGUAGAAAAAAAUCUGUAAACUUUUUGAUGUGGCUUUAGAUUUUAUUGUUGUAGAAUUUUAUUGAAGCACUAAAAAAUUGCUUUGGAUAUUUGGCUCUGCAGAGCAUUUGUACAGCUGUAGGUUAUUUUAAGAGCUGUGGUUUCAAAAAAAAAUUUAAAGCUUGAUUGCUCUAAAUUUGGUGCUGUAGAAAUAAAUAGGGUUGUGGACAGCACCUACAGCAACUACCAAUCACCCCCAAUAUAAGAAAUGUAUAUAUACAAUAUAAGAGAAAAUAAUAAGUAAAUAUACAUUUUAGAAAAUAUAAAUUCUACAUUAAACAUCUAUCUUAAAAUGAAAAAAAUAAAUAAAAGGUAAUAUACAAUAUAAUAAAUGGAAAUAUACAAUAUAAGAAAAAAAGAGCAAAUAUACAAUUUUAAAAAAUGGAAAUACUACAUCAAACAGUAAAAGGAAAAUGUAUAAAUUUACAUCAAGCACGUCUCUAUAAAACCCAUUGUAUCAACACCAUCAACCUCACACCCAUCAAAGAAGACUCCAAAGAAAUCCAGCAAAGAAAAGACAAUGGCUCCUCCCACAACCCUCGCUGUCCCAACAACGUUUGACGACCUCGAAGGAGAUUUCUGUAACAAGGAAGUUUUUGUCAGGCUGAUUCAUUGCUGGGAAGCCCGACACUUCAAAAAGGCGAACAUACUCAUGGGAGUUGAGUUGCUCCUCAUAGACUCAAAGUCAACAACCAUUCAGGGGUUUAUCUCCACACACUUCCUUCCCCGCUUCAAAGAGGACCUGAAACCCAACACAAUUUACAAGCUCAACGGGUUCAGCAUCAGACUUUCCAAAUCAGUUUACAGAGUCUCACCACAUAAGCACGGGAUCAGCUUCAACAACAAGACAACCUUCACUCCUGUUCAUGAAGUGGACUACCAGAUUGAUUCUCAGCACUUUCGUAUACGAGAUCUCCAAGCGUUCACCGACAUUGUCGAUAAACACACAGAUCUUCUCGAUAUCAUUGGCUUUUUGCGAGUCAUCAAUGGGGACAACUUAGACACUCAGACACCCAUGGCUACUGCCCCAGCACCUGCUGGUGAAAGAUCAAAGGAUAUGGUCUUCUUGCAUGUGCAACUUGAAGACGGCGAGACAGCUCGUGUUUAUCUGUGGGACAAAAUUGCUGCUGUUUUCCGAAGUAGAUGGAAUGAUAGCAAGACAAAACCGUCAGUAAUCUUGCUCACCACUCUCAAUUCAAAAACACUUGGAGGUGUUGUUACCCUAAGCUCCACAGCCUCCACACGCCUCUUCUUUGACUCGGACAUCAUUGAUACAGAAAAAUUAUUAUCAAGCUCUUCCGCUGCAGUUACUAAAGUGGAGACAGUGACAUUGAAAGAAAUUCACAAAUUCUUAGAAAAUGAGUCACCACAGGUCGCUAACUUCAUUUGCACUGCAACAAUAACGGAUGUCAUGGAAGAAUAUGGUUGGUACUUCAUCUCCUGCACCGCCUGCAAGUCUCAACUUGAAAGGUCAGAAACAACUUUCAUUUGCCCUAACUUCAAGUGCAAGAAACCAAACACUGUCGGGCUCAUCAGGUCAGUUUCAUUUAAAAACAAAAACAGAGAACAUAUGCUAACGCACAUAAAAUUUAAUAAAUAAGAUAAUAUCAAAUAUUUAUGUGGAUUAUACAUUUAAUUAUCAUAAUAUUUUCCAAACUUUUUAUUAUUAGUUAUAUAAAUAUUGUAAAACUAUUUAUUAAAAUUAUUAUGACUAUUGAUUAUUAAUUAUGCUUAUCGUACGUUUACAUUAAUUAAUCAUUUACCAUAACAAACUAAAAAUAUUUUAAAAUAUAAUAGAUAAGUUUAAAAAUAUAACAGAUAAGUAAAGCUACUAACUAAAAACAAUUAAAACAUAAUAAUAAGUAAAAUUACUAAGUAAAAUUAUUUAAAAUUUUUAUAAAUAAAAAAAACCCUAAAACUAUGGAGAAAGUGACACAUAAGUUAAAUUACUUCAUAAAUAAAACUACUAAUAAAUAAAAAAUUAAAACAUAAUAACAAGUAAGAUUACUAAGUAAAAUUAUUUGAAAUAUUUAAAAUUUUAAAUUAUUUAUAAUUUUGACAAAUAAACGAAAACACCUAAAAUUAUGAAGAAGCUAAAACAUAAGCCAAAUCACUUCAUAAAUAAUAGUAUAGAUAGAUAUAUAUAUGUAUCAUAACCUAAAUAUAAAUAAUUUAACAAGUUAAAUUAUAAAAAGAUAAAAAUCCCGGGCUACGUUAACCCCUAGUCUUUAUGUAAAAAGUUUGCUAGACAAGAAACCCGACUUUGUCAUGUCUUUUCUUGAGUAACUUCAGAGAGAUGAAAUUAUUGUAAAUGCAAUUUCAUGGAUGAAGAACACACAUGAUCAAUGACUUGAUAUUUUAUUCUUUUUGUACUUUGUAUUAACGUAUAUUUCAUACUGCACUAAACAAAAUUUAUAAAGCUAUCUAUCUAUAAUAAUAAACGAGACUUCUCUCCCUUCUCGUGCUGCUACUUUAGCAUUGAGCAUGGGGCAAAAUAUUGUUUAGUGGGCUUGAUGUUUAAAACCGUUUAAUGUAAUAGGCUCAACUCUUUUAUAAACAUGUGCAUAUGUCAGAGACUCAGAGUCCUAGAACAAAGCCGCGGAUGUCGAUGAUUUUUGUCCGAAUGUCUUCUCUUUGUGAAACGCUCACGGUCCCGCUUCUCAUCCUCAUUGAUGCUUCUGAGAAACAUCUGCAGUUAUGGCAUUCAUUCAGUCUUGAGUUGCUAUGCCUCCUUAGUUCAUGUUCAAUGCAUCGAUCUCAUCGUCUUUUAUAAGAUACAAUCUUUCUAGACUCCCUCUUGCUACCGUCCAGUCUCCCUUCGAGAUGCCAGUCAGUGGAUCGAGAACUACGAGUUUAUCUUUUGGGCACUCAUAUCCCAUGGGAAGAUGUAUUUCCGCAGAUAUCUCCAUUGAAAAGAGCCUCACGUCAAUAGAACAUCUAUGACAUUCUCGCGGAUCAUUGAAUUCUGUCACAACCUCCCUCUUGCUUGCAGAUUUUGACCUCACUGCAACUCUUCAUCAUAAAAAAAGAUUACCGCAAGCAUGAAGUCCAAUAUCUAAUCGUGCAACAACCAUUGAAGAAUCAGUUUCAUUUACUACAAGAAACAGUCCUUAGGUGAUUUGGCAAGGAAGAGUCUAAGACUCACGGUUCAGAGAUGGAGAGCUAAGAAACAGAGGAUGCACCAUUGACACCAGAAGAUAAUCAUUCACUUCUUUUAGCUUUAUAAACAGAGUCUAAGACUCACGGUUCAGAGAGAAGCGAUAUAUCACAGCGAUAUAAUCAUUCACUUCUUCACUCCCGGUUUACUCCACCGGAGCUUUUACUCUCGAUGUUAUGUAGCUUCUUGACGCGAAGUCUAUUGUUUCUCAGAUGAUGGUGAUUCAGUCAUCAGUAAGCGUACACCGGCUUAACAAGUAAUGGAACUAGCCAACACGAACACUCAUUUACGAGGUCAGAUUUAAAUCCAAAAUCUAAUAAGUUUGAUAAUCCUUAUUUGAUUUCUCACUUACUAGCUUAGGCUUAGCGUGGAUAUUUUCCAAUAUAUAUUGUUGGGCAAGUAAGGGGCAUUAGGACUACUUACAAUGAAGCGACUAAAAGUACACAACGUAUGAUGAUCACCCUGAGCAUAGAAAGGCACUCAAAUAUAUGCCCAAGUGUUUUUGACGGAAUGGCUAAGCUCCUUGAUAAAAACCUGCUGCUUAGCGGUGAUGUACUUGAUUGAGAUCACUCCUGUGAAAAAUGGUGACUGUGGGAAAUGAUGAUGUUGAAGGUGGAGAAAGUGAGGCCACAGCUUCAACUCACACCUCUGUUGAAGGAAGGGAGACAAGCGAGGAGGCAACUGUGAAGGAAGAUGGGUAGUCCGGCAAGUAGGUACAGUGUGAGUAACAUCCAAAGCACAAUGGGAGAUCAAGUUACAGGACAGGAGUGCGUUUAAGUUGCAUUAGUUUCUAAAUUACAUCUCCAACAGUAUGAAAUCUGAGUACUUCCAAGCUUAUAGCUAUUUUGUUUUGCUUUUUAUUUUCAAAAUGUUAACCUCCACAGUCCUUUUGGACUAAGCAAAUAUUAAGAUCCUGAUC